AUGGUUGACAGUCAGUUUAGUUGAGUCAAUCGUCAACGUCAACCAACACUCAACAUAAACAACAGUCAACAGGAUUUGGUAUUUUAGAUACUGGAACCUCCCGCUCUAGGUACAUCCUUUUCCGUUUCCCGACGCGGGUCCAUAACGAUUUGGCAUUUUGGCUAGUGUAAACGCUAUGAGUUCAUAUCAAAGUGGGAAAUUGUCAGAGAGGCAACGGGAUUUUCUCAUAUCUUUUUUAGAAGAAAACCCGAAGUUGGCAAAAAAUCAAAUUGACGCUAAUUUCACCAGAGAAAUUGCUAACAAAAUGUGGCAAGAUGCUACUAAACAGCUCAACAGUCUCGGUGGAGCAUUCAAGACUGUGAAGCAAUGGAAAAGGACAUGGACUGAUCUAAAAAUCGCCAGCAGAAAAAAGGCAGCCAACUUGAGGAAGCAUAGCUUGAAAACUAGUGGAGGGCCAGAUUCAUCUUCCUUGGAAGACGAUGACACCGAUCAAACGGCUAUGCCUGGAACCAGUGAAGAACCCGCAGCCUCUAUGCCAGCAACUGAGAGAGUGCUAUUCCUCCUUGAUGACACAACUGCUUUGGAAGGAAUCGGAGGGAUAAUGGAAAUAGGGAUUGAUGAAGCACAGAAUGCACAAAGCGAAGACGAAGAUGACCCCCUCUCCUCCCUCCCAAAAAGACCUAAUCUUAGAACUGGAGAUCCUCAUCCAACUUUACAUGUAAAUUCCAAGAGGAAAGUUGUGGGAAAGUGGGACAAGAAUUCAAAAAGAAAGGUUGAAGCUAUGCAGAGCAUUGCUUCUGCCCUACAUAACAUCGCCCAUCAAAUUGGUAGAUUGGCAGACGGUUUUGAAACAUACAAUAAUGCCACAAUUGGAUAAAUAAUCAAAUUUUGUGAACAUUUAACCCUUCCCGGUCGGGUGACGGAUAUAUCCGCCUAAGUCUUUGGCGAUAAAGGACAGGUGUCGGAUAUAUCCGCUUAUGGUUUUUGAUGUUCCGGACGGGAAGCGGAUAUUUCCGCCUUCUCUUCAGACAGACAGACUCUUCAGACAGGUGCUUUUUGCGGUAUCAAGGCGCCACUUUCCUGCUUUCUCCAUGGCUGCGCUCACUCCCGCACUCCCCCCUCUCUCCCGCGCCUACGCCUCUCCCACGCCUCCCCCUCUCCCGCGCACCCCCAACCUCUCCUAGCCCCCCCCCCCUUGACGUUUUGCGCUUAAUACUACAUUGUCUUUAAUUAUAGUUUACAUACCGUAUUGUUCUUUAUUUAUUGCCUAACGUUGUCUUUGUAAUUUCUUUAAAGACGGGUGGCGGAUAUAUCCGCUGCUUUUCUACUCAUACGCGGAUGGGUAGGGGAUAUAUCCGCAUAGUUAUAAACGAGUUAAAAAUUAUUUUGACAGUAUAAAGUGUUCCAUUGUGUUUAUUUUAUGUAUACUUAUAACAAAACACAAAAAAGGAAAAUUAGUUUUUAUUUUUUCCUAUACCUUAUUUUUUCCCGUUCUAUGUUACGAUUUCUCCCGUCCGGGAAGGGUUAACACAUUGUGUGUCACGUGUGUUUUUUAUAGAUAGGCUUAACAUUUUUGUUAAGUAGUCUAUUAGUUAAGUUCGUUGAUUUAAUUAUGAAAGGUUUUA